CGAUUGGACGAGCAAGCUGGUUCCCGGCUCACGAUGCGGGUCGUCAACUUAUGAUUUGAAAGACGGGGCCCAGCUUAUGGACGAGUUGCCUCCCUUAUGAACUUCCGGCAUCAUGGCGGCGUCUUCUAAUCAGGGAGGACCCCCAAACCCAAUGAUGAGACCACCUUUUGGGAUACCUCCUGGGAAUGCCCCCCCUCCGGGUUUCAUCCCCCCACCUGGAAUGGGAGGUCACGGUGACCUGAACCAACCUCCACCAGGACUGCCAGGAUAUAGUGGACCUCCCAACAUGCCCCCUCCUGGAUUCCCCCCCGGCAUGCCGCCACCGAUGGGGAUGCCCCCACCCAUGUUCCCUGGAGGCAGUUCCACAUCUUCACCUGUCAUAUCUGCAUCAUCAACCACUGCAGUGGAUGGUGGAGACAAGAGUGUGUGGACGGAGCACAAGGCGCCAGAUGGAAGGACGUACUACUACAACAAUGUCACCAAGCAGUCCAGCUGGGAGAAGCCUGACGACCUCAAGUCCGACACAGAGCGGUUGUUGUCGCAGUGUCCGUGGAAGGAGUACAAGUCCGACAAUGGCAAGGUGUACUACCAUAACUCUCAGACCAAGGAGAGCAAGUGGACCAAGCCCAAAGACCUGGAGGAAUUAGAAAAAAAGCUAUCUGACCAGAAAGCAAGUAGGAAGGAGCUGUCGUCGACAGUGUCUGCCCCGAUUCCCCAGCUGAAACAGUCGUCCACCCCGUCGUCUGCCAUCCAGCAGGCCAUGCAGGCCACCCUGGCCUCCAUUGAGCUGCCCCCCGCCGCCCCAGGGGGAGCACCUCCAGCCAAGCCAGAGGAUUCCGAUAGCGGCUCUGACGUGGAGGAGGUGAAGCAGCCCAAGAAAGAAGUCCCGCUGGUGUUCAAGAACAAGAAGGAGGCGGUGGAGGCAUUCAAGGCUUUGCUGAAGGAGAAGGAGGUGCCGUCCAACUGUUCCUGGGAGCAGGCCAUGAAACUCAUCAUCAAUGACCCACGCUAUGGAGCGCUCAAACAUCUCAAUGAAAAGAAGCAAGCAUUCAAUGAAUACAAGACACAGAGGGCUAAGGAGGAGAAGGAUGAGCAGCGACUACGAGCCAAGCAGGCCAAGGAAGACCUUGAACACUUCCUGUGUAACAAUGAGAAGAUGAACUCUACAGUGAAAUACUGGAAAGCUGACAACAUGUUUGGAGACCUGGAGGCGUGGCGGGCAGUCAACGAGCGAGACCGCCGGGAUCUGUUUGAUGAUGUUGUGCAUCUCCUUGCUAAACGGGAAAAGGAGGAAGCCAAGACACUAAGAAAGCGCAACACCAAACUGUUCAAUGAAAUCCUUGACAGCAUGCCGAGUCUCACAUACUGCACUACAUGGUCGGAAGCUCAAGCCAUGCUGCUGGACAACCCCCGCUUCACAGAGGACCCGGAUCUACAGAAUAUGGACAAGGAGGAUGCCCUGAUCUGUUUUGAGGACCACAUUCGCAUGCUGGAGCAGGAGUAUGAUGACGAGCGGGAGCGGGAGCGGCGGAGGAUGAAGCGCCAGCAGCGCAAGAACAGGGAGAGCUUUGUGGUUCUCCUGGACGAGCUGCACGACCAGGGCAAGCUCAACUCCAUGUCUCUGUGGAUGGACCUGUAUCCCAUCAUUAGUCAAGACCUGCGCUUCACCAUGAUGCUGGGACAGCCUGGCUCAACCCCGCUCGACCUAUUCAAGUUCUAUGUUGAGGACCUCAAGGCCCGCUUCCAUGACGAGAAGAAGAUAGUGAAGGAGAUUCUCCGAGAGAAGGGCUUUGUGGUGGAGGUCAGCACGACAUACGAUGACUUUGCAGCUGUCAUCAGCAGUGACAGACGGGCUAUCAGCCUUGACACCGGCAACAUCAAGCUCACCUAUAAUAGUCUGAUAGAGAAGGCUGAGGCUCGUGAGAAAGAGAGGCUGAAGGACGAGGCCAGGAAGCUGAAGCGACUGGAGGGAUCUUUCAAGACUCUGUUGAAACAGCUGUCUCCACCCAUAGAUAUUGACACCAAGUGGGAUGACAUAAGAUCAAAGUUAGAACAGGAGACAGCUUUUGAGGCAAUCACUCUUGAGUCUGAGCGAAUGAGACUGUUCAGGGAGUAUGUCAUUGCCUAUGAGGAGACAUGUGGGCACCACCAUGCAAAGAGAAAGAAAUCAAAGAAACACAAGGUCAAGAGGUCAAGGUCAAGGUCACAUUCCAGUGAUUCGGAAGAAGACGAUCGAAGACACAAAGCAAAAAAGAAGAAGAAAUCCCGUUCUGAGUCCAGGUCUCCCAGUCCCGGAACACCUUCAGACAGAGAAUUUGAGCCUGAACGGACAUCGAAGAAACACAAGAAGAAGAAGAAGAAGAAGCACAUCUCCAGAUCUCCGUCACGUUCUGGCUAUUCAAGUGAUGAGAAGCAUGAACAUGAUCGAGAGAGAGAAAGAGAUCGGGACCGGGAACGGGACCGUGACAGGGACCGCGAUCGGGACCGGGAACGGGAACGUGAGAGAGAACGGGACAGGGACAGGGAACGAGAGAGGGAUAGUAAGUCUUCUCGUAGGAAGAAAUCUCCAACACCGUCCUCCAGGAAAGACAGACAUGAUAAGCAUGCUUCCAAGAAGAGAGAUGAUGACUACGACAGCACUGAGAGUGAGUUGAGUGAAGGGGAGUUGGAGAAGAGGAGGAGGUUAUUGCUGCAACAGCUUGAGAGUGACCUAUAAACUUCAGCACAAGGUCAUGGUGGGGUGGGUGGGUGUGUUUAGGGGUUUUAUAUGUGGACAUGCUUACAGACUGCAGAGGCUAAGUGGCAGGCAAUAAACACACAGACAAUGAAUAGACAUUUCAGUCUUUGAAGAUGACCUGUGGAGGAACACAAGUUUGUCUGGGAAUUUGAUGAAGCUCCAAAAUAUUUUUUUUGUGGCUUAGGGAAGAAAAUGUAUAUGGAUAUUUCUGAAUAUAUCUUCUUUACUGUAUCAAGGUGACAGAAAGAGAGAAAUGGAGUUCAAUAGGCAGUUUUCUUACAAGAGUCAGGAACUUCCAAUAGGUCAAAAGAAUUGACGGAUUAUAGGGUUGAUUUGUGAAUUGGCAACAGAGAAUACCAAUAUAGCUGUGCACAUUAUUUGUGAACACUUUUCGCCCUAUUUGAGUGCAGAAUGUUAGCUUUUCCAACAGCAGUGUAGAUGUUGCAUCCAACAGCAGUGGAGAUGUUGCAUCUGACAGCAGUGGAGAUGUUGCAGAAGGGAAGAGAUUUGCUUAAAUUUCUUUUCCUUUCCUAUAAAGUACAGUGUCAUGAUGAGGACAUCAUUGAUUCUGCACAAUCAGUUUCACGUCAGUGGCACUUUGCUUUCAUUUCAUCAUACUUCAUCCUCUGUGAGUGUCUACAAUAAAUGUAAUAAACACCAUUCUAAUCA